AUGCCCAUUGAGAGACGCCAAGGACAAGGGGCUGAUGAAGUAGUGAAUGGAGAAGUCUACCAGGAGAGCAACGGUCCCACAGACUGCUACGCCGCCAUCUCGCACGCUGACCGGCUGCACUCGGAGCCGGAGAGCAUCCGCAAGUGGCGGGAGGAGCAGAAGGAGCGCCUCGAGCAGCUCGAUGCAAACUCGCGAAAGCAGGAGGCCGAGUGGAAGGAGAAGGCCAUAAAAGAGCUGGAGGAGUGGUAUGCAAGGCAAGAUGAGAAGCUGCAGAAAACCAAGGCCAGCAACAGGGUGGCAGAUGAAGCUUUCUACAGACAACCCUCCGCUGACGUGAUCGGUUAUGUCACAAACAUAAACCAUCCUUGCUACAGCCUAGAACAGGCUGCCGAGGAGGCCUUCGUGAGCAACGCGGAGGACGUGUUUCCAGGCACGGAGUGGGAGCGCGUGGCGCAGCUGUGCGACUUCAACCCCAAGGCCAGCAAGCAGGCGAAGGAUGUGUCCCGCAUGCGCUCGGUGCUCAUCUCGCUCAAGCAGGCCCCCCUGGUGCGCUGAGG